AUUAAUAACACUCCCUGUCCAGAAGGGGGCGGUAGCAGCAGUUGUUUUUUUGUAUCAAUAUCACAUUACAUGCGGAUGAAGUGUGAACGAGCCAUCAAACGUUUCUCCGCCAAACUAAGAGCCUUAAUCUUCAGUUUGAAAGCCAGUGUCAAAUCGAGUUUUUCACAUCACUGAUCAAGCACAAGAGGCGAUGGAUGGGCCUGUAGAUGGCAUCAAGCUCAUUCGGAGACUCAAGACAGAGCUACUGGAGGCUCUGACAGGAGAUCCAGAUAUUCUGCUUCAGCACUGCCAUGCCAGGGGCAUACUGUCCAACAAUGAGUACAACAACAUCAAGGACACGAACAUGCGUUCAAAACAGGUACGGGAAAUCUUGGAUUAUGUGAUUCACAAAGACAACAAGGCUGCUCUGAAUUUCCUGAAGUUGCUGAAAACGCAAGACAUGCAAGAGACAUUUCCUAAACUGCAUUUCCUUCAAAAGCUGCAAAUCAACAAACGCAAGAAACCAAAAAACACAGAGACGACAGCAAAACGACGUCAGGAAGUGGAAAACAAGCCGUUGCACUCCAGGAUGGUGAGCGAGAAGGAGAUGAUGAUGGUGGCCGGCUGCAUCGGGAACAGCUGGAGGGAGGUGGGGAUCAUGGCACUGGGUAUGAACACCACCACUCUUCAGCAGAUCGAGGAGGACAACAGCCAACACAAAAUGCGGGUUUUCACCAUGCUGCGAAAAUGGAGCAUGCGUGAGAGGGAACAAGCCACGGCAGCUCAUCUCCAUUCUCUGCUAACCCAGGAAGAGAACGGCCUGGACACUCUCAAACUCAACUUCCUGUUGGAAAACUGCUGAGGCUGCUAAGAGGAGCCAUCAAAACCCAGAAGACUAAUUCAUGAAAAAAAUGAAAAUUCUGUGAUCAUUCACUCACCCUCCACUUGUUCCAAACCUUGGUGACCAGACAGUUGACGGUAGCCAUUGACUUCCAUUAUGUUUUUUUGCAUACUAUGGAAGUCAAUGGCUACCGUCGACUCUUUGGUUGGGAACAUUCUUCAAAACAUCUUCUUUUAUGAGUAAAUUAUGACAGAAUUUUAGGCGAACUAUCUCUUUAAAAAUCCAGUUAUAAAAACCCAUAUGAAAAUCUCAAGGGAACCCAUGGUGAAUUAGUCCUCUGGGUUUUGAAGUUGACAGCUGCAGCACUUUUUAUACAUGUAGCACUUGCAGACAUGCAAAUGUAACACUAGAGGGAACUAUAACUGCUUGUCAGUUCUAUUAACCUUUUUCAUAUUUUGAUAGUUUUUUUUUUCUUUUAGUAAAUGCUAUGUAUAAGUCAGAUGCAUGCUUGAAAUAAUAGGGCAACUUUCAAACGCACCUAGCUAAAAUGUGGGCAUUUCAAAUAUUUUUCUUAAACUUACUGUGCAAACUUUUUUUUUUUUUUUUUUUGCAAAUAUCAUUGUCAAAUAAGCUAAGAUUAAAAAACAAUGUAAUGCAUUUACAUUUGUAAUGCUUUUUUUUUUUCAAAAAAGGUUCUAGACUGAGUUAACUGUCCAUGUCAUUGUUUUAUUCCAAUGUUUUAUUUUUUUAUGGCAUUAUUACUUGAUUGUUUUUCUCUUAAGCUUAUUUCUUCCUGAGAGAUCAAGUUCCAUUCCUACUUUUUUAGAUUGCACUUCAGCUUGUGUUUGCUUUCUGAUGGUACAAAUUGCAUUAUUUGUAUUGUAGCAUUCCAUCUUAAUGCAUUCUACAGAAUAAUGUUUUCCUUUACAAGUAAAUAAAUGUGAAAGCUUUUAUCAAAGUCUUAAAACUUGAACUGAUUCCAUGAACGGAUAAGGGAGACUCAUGUUUAUGACGGAAGUUUAAAAAGUUUUAUGUUCCAAUAGAGAACGCUAUCUGGCAACAUAACGGCGACCUUCGCUCUCUCGGCAAAUAUCACGUUGUUUCACCCUGAUGCUUUUUCACCCUGGUG